AACAGCGCGUCUCACAGACUUGUUUCUAUCAGUGUUGUUUCUAGCAUAUAUAAGAAAGUUUCUUGGAACUAGUUUUCAUCGUGAUUAGUAGCAUAGACAUAGUGGUGUUUCAAUACUUGUUUAUUUAGUACUAAUCUGGUAGACCUUAAUCAGGUUGCGUGGAGUUGGAGGAGGAGGAUAUCUUAAUCAAUUGUCCCAUUUGAAUAGUAUUAAUUGAUAAUGAUCAAGGAAAUAUAUGGCAAGGAACAGGCUUUGUGUUCCUUACUGUGUCUACAUUCCUGUUGUGUUCCUUACUGUGUCUACAUUCCUGUUGUGUUACGAAUCUACAUAUCUUAUAAGACCGAUCUGCGCGUAGGAAGGACAUGCAGGCUGCAACGCUUCUCGAUAUUCUUUAAAUUGCAAAGUCAAAAGAAGUGCGACCAUGCCAACUUUAUGUGCAGUGUAUAACUGUGGUAAUAAUGCAACUCGUGAUUCAAAGAAAGGGUUCUAUAGAUUUCCAAAAAUACUUAAAACGAACGAUCCAGAUAAGAGGGAUGAAUUGAUAUCAACAGCACGUCGUAAGCUGUGGUUUGUCAACAUAAAUCGCAAGGACUUAACAGAAGAAAAAGCAGAAUAUACUCGCGUGUGUGGCGAUCACUUUAUAUCUGGAAAACCCGCAAAGCUGUAUGACAAGACGAACCCAGACUGGGCGCCAACUCAAAAGUUAGGACAUGAUAAGAUCAGGACAAUAACUCACCUGGCAGUAUCUAGAAGAGACAGAUCGAACGAAAGAUAUGCUAAGAAGGCUAAGCUUGAAGCGGCUGAAGUUUUAGUAACGUUGAAUGCAGUAGAAUUCUCCGAUUCGGUUCUGUCAGACCUUCCAGAUCCAAACAAUGAAAAUAUUCCAGAGAAGCAUAGAGAAGUUGGAUGCCAAACAGAACUUACUGGGUUGCAAAUAUCUGAAUUGGAGCAAUGCAAUAGAGACAUGACAUGCGAGUUGGUGGAAAUGAAGAAAAAAAUACUGGAAGCUGAUUUGACAGAAGCCAGUUUUAAGAACAAUGAUGAGAAAACCAAGUUUUAUACUGGACUCACAAAUUUCUUGGUUCUGCAGCAGAUAAUGUCAAUGUGUGGUGGCUUUAUACAUUCUGGCACAGUCAACUCUUUAACCAAGUUUCAAGAACUGCUAUUAGUACUUAUACGCCUACGCUUGAACGUGCCCUUUCAAGAUUUGGGUUAUAGGUUUGGAGUAUCGAGGUCAACAGCAUGCAGAAUAUUUGACAAGUGGAUUGAUGUACUGAGUGUGAGACUGGAGUUUUUGAUUGUAUGGCCUGAUCGAGAACUUCUACGGAAAACCAUGCCAAACGUGUUCAAACAGAAUUUUGGUGAACGUGUGUCUGUCAUUAUUGAUUGCUUCGAAGUAUUUAUUAACAGGCCAUCAGGUCUUAUGCCAAGAGCGAUUACAUGGUCGAACUAUAAGCAUCAUAACACUGUUAAGUUUUUAAUUGGCAUUACCCCACAAGGUGUAAUUUCUUUCAUUUCCAAGGCAUGGGGAGGACGAGUCAGUGAUAAACACUUAACUGAAAACUGUGGGAUGUUACAAAAGUUAACCCCAGGGGAUAUAGUGUUGGCUGAUAGGGGAUUUGACAUUGCUGAUAGUGUAGGCCUUUAUAGAGCCUCUUUGAAAAUUCCUGCAUUCACACGUGGUAAGAAACAGUUGUCAGCAAUAGAGGUGGAAGAAACAAGAAAGAUUGCCAACGUACGAAUACAUGUUGAGCGAGUAAUUGGUCUCGUGAGACGCAAGUAUGUUAUUUUGCAAAGCAUUUUAACGAUAGACACUAUAACUGCUAAGGCUGGUGAAUCUGUGUCACCCAUUGAUAAAAUUGCUAAAGUUUGCUGUGCAUUAUGUAAUUUUCUGACAUCAAUUGUCCGCAUUUGAAUAGUAUUCGAUAAUGAUCAAGGACAAUAUA